CUUUAUAUAACAUAUCCUCUCACCUUUCGGUCAUCACUCCCACUUCUCCCCCUCCAUCCAUCGCACAACCAGUGUACCACCACAAUUCGCCUCCUUCAUCACCUGUGGCCACCGUUUUCCUCCACCAAAACUAACCCUCAAAUCAACGGUCUCUCUAUGUGCAUCUGCUAUCUCUGGACAAGAACAUGGCUAAAGAAACCUGGAAACAUAGCAAAUCUAGGGUUUUUUUACUUCUUAUUUUGUCGAUCAGAUCUAAAACUUAAUGGUUUCUUUUGUUGUAUGGUAAAACCGAGAAGACCAGCAAGAAAUAAAAAUAUUUAUAUAAGAGACAACCUACGAUUUGAAGCCUUAAAUUUCAUCAUAUCAUAUUUUUGCAAGUGGUUGGGUCUACCAUUCCCCUGCAACUUCAUGAAAUUAGGCAUGGUAUUCUUUUUGAGAACCAUCAAGCAACUACAACAUAAACUAGAAAGAAACAAAGACUCAAGUGCAAGGUCGUCUAGAUAGAUUUCACAGAACUGAGAAAAGGCUUGGAUGCAGAGGCAAAACUCGACAAUCUCCAAUUACACCAGCUGAUUGCAUAAUUUGUGAUACUUGACACUCGAAAUGGAAGUCCUCCCUUUUCUAAACUGUCUUUUUCAACUAUUGCUUCAAUUUAUUUAUUUGAUUCUUUAUAGUCGAUGAACGCUACAACCAUAAAGUAUUUUUUUAUCCAACAAAAAAGUGAACAGU